AUGGCUAACCUUGUAGCUAAAAUUGAAACUGAAGUGUUUGGCUUGCCUUCAUCGACCAGCUCCAUAUCUUCUCAAGAACAGAAUGGACACGCGGAACUGGCUUCUGAAGUCGCCAACUGUAAGAGAAUCCAAGCGAUCGAAGAGAAGCUGAGUCCCCUGAAGGAAAGACUCCGAAGCCAUCCUUUAUAUCACAUGAUCGACAAUCUGGACGAGCUUCGCUACUUCAUGCAAAACCAUGUUUUUGCCGUCUGGGACUUCAUGAGUUUGUUGAAGGUAAUAUUUUUUGAUAUUUAGUUUUGGAAAGAAAAGGUUUGCUAAACACUUCAUUUAUUAGGUAGCUAAAGUGAUAUUAUUUAAUGUUCUACUAUUUUAUAUGAAGUUAUUUGUCUUCCAGGCUCUCCAACAUGACUUGACCUGUACCACCGUACCAUGGGUCGCUAAAGGCUCUCGUACUGCUCGUCGUCUCAUCAACGAGAUUGUUUUAGGUGAAGAAUCAGAUGAGUUGGGAGACGGAUUCAUCUCUCAUUGUGAAUUCUACCAACAAAGCAUGUACGCUGCUGGGGCAGACGACACUUCGUUGACAACUUUCAUCGAUGAAUUACAAAAGGCGGGAAACAUUGACCCUUCCACUUUGGAAACUGCCUUCAGAAAAGCUGGAGCUCCAAAACCGGCAGCUGAAUUUGUGACCAAGACCUUCAACUACAUCAGAACACACAAGGUUCAUGUGAUUGCUUCGGCCUUCACCUUCGGUCGCGAGGAUCUGAUUCCAAUUAUGUUCCAGAGUUUCUUGGACGAGAUGAACAGACAAGCCAAAGGAGCUCUGGACAUGUUUGUGCUGUACCUGGAGAGACAUAUAGAAGUAGAUGGUGAUGAUCAUGGUCCUAUGGCUUGCAAGAUGGUAAUGGAGCUGUGUGGAGAAGACGACCAGCUCUGGGCCGAAGCUGAAGAAGCUGCUGUGUCAGCAUUGGCCGGUCGUGCUGAAUUGUGGGAUGGAAUUGCGGAAGAAUUGAGGAAGAUCAAGGAAACUCAGACCACCAUGAACUGA